GGCGGGCCGAGCCGCGCUGGGCCGAGCCGGGCCGAGCCGAGCCGAGCCGAGGCCGGAGGAUGCUGCGGGCCGGCUGCCGCGCCGCGCUGGGCCGGGGCCGCCCGGGCUCGGCGGCGCUGAGCGGGGCCGGGGCCGAACCGGGUCGGGCCGAGCCGGGGGGGCUGAAGCGGACGCCGCUGGACGCCCUGCACCGGUCCCGCGGCGGCAGGAUGGUGCCGUUCGCGGGCUGGAGCCUGCCGGUGCAGUACGACCGCGGGCACCUCGAGUCCCACCUGCACACCCGCCGCCACUGCUCCCUGUUCGACGUGUCCCACAUGCUGCAGACGCGGGUGUACGGCCGGGACCGCGUCAAGUUCCUGGAGAGCCUGGUGGUGGGGGACAUCGCCGAGCUGAAGCCGGGCCAGGGCACGCUGACGCUGCUCACCAACGAGCGGGGUGGCAUUGUGGACGACCUCAUUGUCACCAACACGGCAGAGGAGCACCUCUACGUGGUGUCCAACGCGGGCUGUGCCGACAAGGACUUGGCCAUCAUGCAGGGCAGAGCAGCGGAGCUGCGGGCUGUCGGCAGUGACGUGCACCUGGAGGUCUCAGACAACGCGCUGCUGGCUCUGCAAGGCCCCUCCAUGGCACAGGUGCUGCAGGCAGGGCUGUCAGACGACCUGGCCAAGCUGUCCUUCAUGACCAGCACCACCACGACUGUCUUCGGCGUGCCGGGCUGCCGGGUCACGCGCUGUGGCUACACUGGCGAGGACGGCGUGGAGAUCUCGGUGCCCGCGGGGCAGGUGGUGGAGCUGGCCGAGCAGCUGCUGGGCAUCCCCGAGGUGUGGCCGGCGGGGCUGGCGGCCAGGGACAGCCUGCGCCUGGAGGCCGGGCUCUGCCUGUACGGGAACGACAUCGAUGAGACCACCACGCCAGCCGAGGCCGGGCUGAUGUGGACCUUGGGCAAGCGCCGGCGUGCAGCCAUGGACUUCCCUGGUGCAGCCAUCAUCAUGGCGCAAGCCAAAGAGAAGCCGAAGCGGAGGCGCGUGGGGCUGACCUCGGUGGGGCCCCCCGUCCGGCCACACGCAGUCAUCCUGGACCCUGAGGGCAGGCCUGUGGGCACGGUGACCAGCGGGUGCCCCUCGCCCUCCCUGGGCAAGAACAUCGCCAUGGGGUACGUGGAGGCCGCGCACAGCCGCCCGGGCACCACGCUCGCCGUCGAGGUGAGGAAGAAGCAGCACCCGGCGCUGGUCACCAAGAUGCCCUUCGUGCCCACCCACUACUACGUGGCCAAGUGAGGCCCGGCCCCAUUAAACCCCCCUGCCUCACAA